AGGGGUGGGGAGAGACACAAGGCAGCUCCCCCGCCCCGUGGCAUAGGAGAGGUUGAGGAGCUGCCCCGUCCAGCAGCCAGCUGGGAAUGUUUUCCUGGAACUGGUCAAACAAACAUGGGGGGCAGGCAGGGUGACCAGAUGUCCUGAUUUUAUUGGGACAGUCCUAAUAUUUGGGGCUUUGUCUUACAUAGGUGCCACCCCCUGUUCUGAUUUUUCACCCUUGCUAUCGAGUCAGCGGACUAUCCCCUCAGGGCCCAGAAACUACACAGCAAAUACCCAGCCCUCCUCCCCCCCCACCCAAAAAAAUCUAUUAAAGACAAGCCCAUGAUUUUGGGGUCUGUCUCCUGAGUGUUGGAGCUGCCCAGGGCCCUGGUCUGAUGUUCAUGCAGGAUUUAGAUCUCAGCUACACCGGAGUCAGACCAGAGUCACUGCUGGCUCUGGCGGAGGGUGAGUGCGGAUGGGCCAAUGGGAUCAGCCUCUGCCUGCCUGUCCCUGGGGGCUGCCGGGGCAGGACAGGGAGGCUCAGGCAUUAGCUGCUGCCACCAAAGGGCUCCGGUUCUGUCUAAGGAAGCGGAGGAGGCGGGUGUGUGUCUCUCUCUGCUCAUGUAUCAGGGGGUAGCCGUGUUAGUCUGUAUCUACAAAAACAACAAGGAGUCUGGUGGCACCUUAAAGACUAACAGACUAAGAGCCCUUGAUGGUGUGGCUGAUGUGGUUGGGUCCUCUCCGUUGCCUACUCUGUCCCCAUAUCUACUCUGGCGACACCAUCAGACACCUGCACAUCCACUAAUGUUAUAUAUGCCAUCAUGUGCCAGCAAUGCCCCUCUGCCAUGUACAUUGGCCAAACCGGACAGUCCCUCCGCAAAAGAAUAAAUGGACACAAAUCGGACAUCGGGAAUGGUAACAUACAUAAGCCAGUAAGUGAACACUUCAGUCUCCCUGGUCAUUCUAUUACAGAUUUAAAAGUCACUAUCAUUGACCAAAAAAACUUCAGAAACAGACUUCAAAGAUACACAGCAGAACUAAAAUUCAUUUGCAAAUUUAACACCAUUAAUCUGGGCUUGAAUAGGGACUGGGAGUGGCUGGCUCAUUACAGAAACAGCUUUCCCUUGCCUGGAAUUGACACCUCCUCAUCUAUUAUUGGGAGUGGACUACAUCCACCCUGAUUGAAUUGGCCCUGUCAACACUGGUACUCCACUUGUGAAGUAACUCCCUGCUCUCCAUGUGUCAGUAUAUAAUGCCUACAUCUGUAACUUUCACUCUAUGCAUCCGAAGAAGUGAGGUUUUUACCCACGAAAGCUUAUGCCCAAAUAAAUCUGUUAGUCUUUAAGGUGCCACCAGACUCCUUGUUGUUUUUCUCUCUGCUCAUGUUAUUACAGCCCUGGAGUUGAGCUCCCUGGGUCAGAAGCUGCCUCCUCUAUUCAAUUUCUCUCGUGGCUGGAACCAGCCAAGCAGCCCCGGGCUCUGCCACCAUGGUGCCCCUGAGCCGCAGGUGACCGGAGACCUGGGGGAAAGGGCUGAGGCCAGGCAGGAAAGUGACUCUGCACAAAGGGCCCCUUUCCGGGACCUGCAGGUCAGUUUGGCCUACAUGGGGAGGGGCUCCCUCAGUACGUCUUCACUACCCGCCGUAUUGGCGGGUAGCAAUCGAUUUAUCCGGGAUCGAUAUAUCACGUCUCAUUAAGACGUGAUAUAUCGAUCCCCAAACGCGCUCACCGUCGACUCCGGAACUCCACCAGAGCGAGCGGCGGUAGCGCAGUCGACGGGGGAGCCGCGGCCGUCGAUCCCGCGCCAUCUGGACCCCAGGUAAUUCGAUCCAAGAUACUUCGACUUCAGCUACGAAGUUGCGUAUCUUGGCUCGAUCCCCCCCGCUCUCUAGUGUAGACCAGCCCCCUGUGUCUGCGACUCCCAGAGCUGCUGCUCUCAGGGACACAGGCAGGUUCAAACCCCUGUUAGCCGUGGCAGUGGCUGAUCUGCCUAAUGAGGGAAAAGGCCCAGGACAAUGGAGCAGUCACUGUUCUCCAUGGAGAGGGAAGAGGAUAAAAAGGGAGAGAGGAGAGUCUGGAAGGGGCAGCAGGAGCAGGAGAUGGGGAGGGAGAUUCCCAGCUCCCAGCCCUGCCCGGAUCCAUUCCCUGCAUCCCCUGGGCAGACUGACACUCCUGGGAACAAGGGGAGAAGCCGAGAGAGGAAAAACAAGGUUGUGACUCCACUGAAUACUGCACUACUUGGGGGAAGAGAGGGCAUUAGAGGGGGUGACACUACAGCGUCAGGGGGAAUCCACCAAAGUAGCUUCUUUGAUUCUGCUCUUUUUCUAGCUUUUGGCACAGAGGUGCUGUUAAGGGGAGAGUUUAAAAGUGCCCCAGUGGUAUAGUUCUGCUGUGAGGGGCCUGGCCUGGGUGGUAAUAAAUGAACUGGGUUUCUUCCCAGCAUGGCAGAGUCCAGAGUGUCUGUCUGCAGGGAGAGAGCCUCGGAGGAAUCGGGGUUGUUACAUGGACUCCAGCCCCUUCUGUAACCUCCCCCAUCGCCCCUCUCGCCCCGCCAGUCUGAGGAAUCACAUCCACGUUUCACGCCAGAUCAUCCCAUUUUCCAGGAGACAGGGAAGGGAAAUGGUUGUGAUGGAGCUAGCUCAGAUGCCGGUGAGCUUCGAGGAGGUGGCUGUGUAUUUCACCCAGGGGCAGGGGGCUCUGCUGGACCCCACUCAGAGAGCCCUCUACAGGGAUGUCAUGCAGGAGAACUACGAGACGGUGACCUCGCUGGGAUUUUCCAUUCCCAAACCUGACCUGAUCACCCGGCUGGAACGAGGGGAAGAGCCAUGGGUACCCAAUCUCCAGGCUGCUAAGGAAAGAGAGAUCCUGAGAGGUGCCCACACAGCAGGUGCUGAGCGAGGGAGUGAGAAGCAGGAGGGAAAUCAUCAUGAGGAAAUUCUUGGGGAAGUGGAACCACAGGGGACCUUUAUGGGAAGAGCUGAAGGAAAUUUAUCCCAGUGCUGGGAACAGGGAGAAGCCUGGGAAAAUUGGCACAGAUCAGAGAGGCUGCUGGGAAACUACCCAAGGGAGCAAGUAGGUGAAUCUAUUAAAUGUAGGGGAGGAGACAAGGAUCCCAAAGCCCAGCAGACAGACCCCAGGGAAGAGAAACCCUACCACUGCCUCAAAUGUGGGAAAAGAUUCAUUGUGAGACCACACCAUCUUACACUUCAGACAAUCCAUACUGGAGAGAAACCACUUCAAUUCUUGGACUAUGGGGAAAGCUUCAAUAACUGCUCAGAUCUUAAUUACAAUGGGCGAAGCCACAUAGGAGAGAAACCCUAUCAAUGCCUCGAGUGCGGGAACUGUUUGAAUCAGAAGUCAGCACUGAUUACACAUCAGAUAAACCACAUGGGAGAGAGACCCCAUAUGUGCUUGGAUUGUGGAAAAAGUUUCAUUCGGAGGUCAGACCUUGUUAGACAUCAGGCAAUCCACACAGGAGAGAGACCCCAUGAAUGCUUAGACUGUGGGAAAAGUUUCAUACGGAGGUCAGACCUUGCUAAACAUCAGGCAAUCCACACUGGAGAGAGACCCCAUAUGUGCUUGGACUGUGGGAAAAGUUUCACACGGAGAUCAUCCCUUCUUCAACAUCAGGGAAUCCACAGACAAGAGAACCCCCAUAAGUGCUUAGACUGUGGAAAAAGUUUCAUAUGGAGGUCAGACUUUGUUAAACAUCAGGUAUUCCACAGAGGAGAGAGACUCCAUGAGUGCCUGGACUGUGGGAAAAGUUUCAUUCAGAGAUCAGAUCUUGUUAAACAUCAGACAAUCCACACAGGAGAGAGACCCCAUAAGUGCCUGAACUGUGGGAAAAGUUUCGUACGGAGGGCUGACCUUGUUAAACAUGAGGUACUCCACACAGGAGAGAGACCCUAUAAGUGCUUGGAGUGUGCAAAAAGUUUCAUAUGGAGGUCAGACCUUGUUAAUCAUCGGGCAACCCACACAGGAGAGAGACCCCAUAAGUGCUUGGACUGUGGGAAAAGUUUCAUACGGCGCUCAGCCCUUGUUAAUCAUCAGGCAACCCACACUGGAGAGAGACCCCAUAAGUGCUUGGACUGUGGAAAAAGUUUCGUUCGGAGGUCUGACCUUGUUAAACAUCAGUCAUUCCACACAGGAGAGAGACACCAUAAGUGCCUGGACUGUGGGAAAAGUUUCAUACAGAGGUCAGAUCUUAUUAAACAUCAGGCAAUCCACACAGGAGAGAGACCCCAUAAGUGCCUGGAUUGUGGGAAAAGUUUCACACGGAGAUCAGCUUUAGUUAAUCAUCAGGCAAUCCACACAGGAGAGAGGCCCCAUAUGUGCUUGGACUGUGGGAAAAGUUUCAUAGAGAGAUCACAACUCACUAAACAUGAGAGAAUCCACACAGGAUCUAAACUUGAAAUAGAAAGUUACGUCAACAGCCUAUUGGUCACCCAAGGACUGCGUGCUGACGAGAGGCUGCAAAAAUCUCUAGAAAAACUCUUGGAAUUGUGGCCUGUGUCAUGGGCAGUGCCAUUUAGGUGUUUUUUGGCCAUCAGCCAAUCAGCGAGGGGAACUCUGCUCCUGGAGCAGGGGCUGAGCGACCCCACAGGUGCAGCCCCACCUCCUUCUCCUGGGCAGCAGGCUGCUUUCUGUGGCGCUAGUGCAGGGCUGAAGAAUCACAUCCAGAUUUCACUCCAGAUCAACCCGUCUUCCAGGAGACGGAGAAGGGAAAUGGCUGUGAUGGAGCCAGCUCAGAUGCUGGUGACCUUCGAGGAGGUGGCUGUGUAUUUCACCCAGGGGCAGGGGGCUCUGCUGGACCCCGCUCAGAGAGCCCUCUACAGGGACGUAAUGCAGGAGAAUUACGAGACAGUUACCUCGUUGGGAUUCCCCAUUCCCAAACCUGAGCUGAUCUCCCGCCUGGAACAAGGGGAAGAGCCGUGGGUACCUGAUCUCCAGGCCUGUGAGGAAAGAGAGAUCCCGAGAGGCACCCGUACAGCAGGUGCUGAGAGAGUGAGUGAGAACAAGGAGGGGAAUCAUCAUGAGGAUGUUCCUGGGGAAGUGGAUAAAUCUAUUAUAUGUGGGGGAGGACACAAGGAUCCCACAGCCCAGCAGACAAAUCUCAAUGAAGAGAAACUCUAUCAGUGCUUCGAAAGUGAGAAAGGAUUCAUUCUGAGAUCACACCUUGUGACACAUCAGAGAAUCCACACAGGAGAGAAACCACAUAAGUGCUUGAACUGUGGGAAAAGUUUCACACGGAGAUCAGGCCUUGUUACACAUCAGAGAGGCCACACAGGAGAGAGAUCCCAUAAGUGCUUGGCGUGUGGGAAAAGUUUCAGAUACAGAUCAGUUCUUGAUUCACAUCAGAGAAUCCACACAGGAGAGAAACCCUAUAAGUGCUUAGACUGUGGGAAAAGUUUCAUACAGAGAUCCACUCUUGUUUCACAUCAGACAAUCCAUACAGGAGAGAGACCCCAUAAAUGCCUGAACUGUGGGAAAAGUUUCAAACGGAGAUCAGGCCUUGUUAAACAUCAGGCAAUCCACACUGGAGAGAGACCCCAUAAGUGCUUAGACUGUGGAAAAAGUUUCAGAUACAGAUCAGUUCUUGAUUCACAUCAGAGAAUCCACACAGGAGAGAAACCCUAUAAGUGCUUAGACUGUGGGAAAAGUUUCAUACAGAGAUCCACUCUUGUUUCACAUCAGACAAUCCAUACAGGAGAGAAAUCCCAUAAAUGCUUGAACUGUGGGAAAAGUUUCAAACGGAGAUCAGGCCUUGUUAAACAUGAGGCAAUCCACACAGGAGAGAGACCUCAUAAGUGCUUAGACUGUGGGAAAAGUUUCAGACACAGAUCAUUCCUUACUAGGCAUCAGAGAAUCCACACAGGAGGGAGACCCCAUAAGUGCUUGGACUGUGGGAAAAGUUUUAUAGAGCAAUCAGACCUCAUUAAACAUGGGAGAAACCACACGGGAGAGAAACCCCAUAAGUGCUUGGACUGUGGGAAAAGUUUCAUAGAGAGAUCUGCUCUUCUUUCACAUCAGACAAUCCAUACAGGAGAGAGACCUUAUAAAUGCCUCAACUGCGGGAAUGGUUUCCGUUGGAAGUCAGUCCUUAUAAUACAUCAGAGAAUCCACACAGGAGAGAAACCCCAUAAGUGCUUAGACUGUGGGAAAAGUUUCACACAGAAAUCAGUCCUUGUUAAACAUGGGAGAAUCCACACGGGAGAGAAAUCCCAUAAGUGCUUGGACUGUGGGAAAAGUUUCAUAGAGAGAUCUGCUCUUGUUUCACAUCAGACAAUCCAUACAGGAGAGAGACCCCAUAAGUGCUUGAACUGUGGGAAAAGUUUCCGUUGGAAGUCAGUCCUUAUAACACAUCAGGCAAUCCAUACAGGAGAAAGACCCCAUAAGUGCUUGGACUGUGGGAAAAGUUUCAGGUGGCAGUCAGGCCUUAUUAAACAUCAGAGAAUCCAUACAGGAGAGAGACCCCAUAAGUGCUUGGACUGUGGAAAAAGUUUCAGGUGGCAGUCAGACCUUGUUAUACAUCAGAGAAUCCAUACAGGAGAGAGACCCCAUAAGUGCUUGGACUGUGGGAAAAGUUUCAGGUGGCAGUCAGGCCUUGUUAUACAUCAGAGAAUCCAUACAGGAGAGAGACCCCAUAAGUGCUUGGACUGUGGGGAAAGUUUCAGGUGGCAGUCAGGCCUUGUUAAACAUCAGAGAAUCCAUACAGGAGAGAGACCCCAUAAGUGCUUGGACUAUGGGAAGUUUCCCACAGAGAUUCUCCUGGACCCCGCUCAGAGAGCCCUCUACAGGGACGUCAUGCAGGAGAACUACGAGACAGUGACCUCGCUGGGAUUUCCCAUUCCCAAACCUGAACUGAUCGCCCAGCUGGAACGAGGGGAAGAGCCGUGGGUGCCCGAUCUCCAAGCCUGCGAGGAAAGAGAGAUCCUGAGAGGUGACUGCACAGCAGGUGCUGAGAGAGUGAGUGAGAAUGAAGAGGAGAAUCAUGAUGCAGAAGUUCCUGGUAAAGUGGAACCACAGGGGACCUUUACGGGAAGAGCUGAAGGGAAUUUUUCCCAGUGCUGGGAACAGGGAGAAGCCUGGGUAAUUUGGCACAGGUCAGAGAGGCUGCUGGGAAACCACCCAGGAAAGAAAGCGGAUGAAUAUAUUAACAGUGGGAGAGGAGACAAGGAUCCCAAAGCGCAGCAGACAAACCCCAAGGAAGAGACACCCAGGGACUGCCUGCAGUGUGGGAAAGGAUUCAUUGUGAGAUCACAGCUUGUGACACAUCAGACAAUCCACACUGGAGAGAAACUCCUUCAAUGCUUGGACUGUGGGGAAAUCUUCAAUAACUGCUUAGACCUUAAUAACCAUGGGAGAUGUCACACAGAAGAGAAACUCGUUCAAUGCCUCCAGUGCGGGAAAUGUUUCAUUUGGAAGUCAGAAAUAAUUACACAUCAUAUAAGCCACACAGGAGAUAGACCCCAUAAGUGCGUGGACUGUGGGAAAAGUUUCAUACGGAGGUCACACCUUGUUAAUCAUCAGGCAAUCCACACAAGAGAGAGACCUCACAAGUGCGUGGACUGUGGGAAAAGUUUCAGACGGAGGUCAACCCUUUUUAAACACCAGGCAUUACACACUGGAGAGAGACCCCAUAAGUGUUUAGUCUGUGGGAAAAGUUUCAUAUGGAGGUCAGACCUGGUUAAACAUCAGGCAUUCCACACAGGAGUAAGAUCCCAUAAGUGUUUAGUCUGUGGGAAAAGUUUCAUACGGAGGUCAGACCUUGUUAAACAUCAGAGAAUCCACACAGGAGAGAGACCUCACAAAUGUGUGGACUGUGGAAAAAGUUUCAAACAGAGGUCAGACCUUGCUAAACAUCAGAGAAUCCACACAGGAGAGAGACCUCACAAGUGUAUGGACUGUGGAAAAAGUUUUAUAGAGAGGUCAGCCCUUGUUAAACAUCAGAGGAUUCACACAGGAGAGAGACCCCAUAAGUGCUUGGACUGUGGGAAAACGUUCAGAAUCACAUCGGACCUUGUUUUACAUCAGAAAAUCCACACAGGAGAAAGCCCCCAUAAGUGCUUAGACUGUGGAAAAAGUUUCAUAUGGAGAUCAGACCUUCUUAAACAUCAGGCAUUCCACACAGGAGUAAGAUCACAUAAGUGUUUAGUCUGUGGGAAAAGUUUCAUACGGAGGUCAGACCUUGUUAAACAUCAGAGAAUCCACACAGGAGAGAGACCUCACAAAUGUGUGGACUGUGGUAAAAGUUUCAAACAGAGGUCAGACCUUGCUAAACAUCAGAGAAUCCACACAGGAGAGAGACCUCACAAGUGUGUGGACUGUGGAAAAAGUUUCAUACGGAGGUCAGCCCUCGUUUUACAUCAGAGAAUCCACACAGGAGAAAACCCUCAUAAGUGCUUAGACUGUGGAAAAAGUUUCAUACGGGGGUCAGAGCUUGUUAAACAUCAGAAAAUCCACACGGGGGAGAAGCCCAAUCAGUGCUUGGACUGUGGGAAAAAUUUUGUAGAGCGGUCAGACCUUAUUAAACAUCAGACAAUCCACACAGGAGAGAGACCGGACAAGUGCUUAGACUGUGGGAAAAAUUUCAUACGGAGGUCAGACCUCAUUAAACAUCAGGCAAGCCACACAGCGGAGAGACCCCAUAAGUGUUUGGAAUGUGGAAAAUGUUUCACAUACAGAUCACAUCUUAUAGCACAUCAGAGGAUCCACACUGGAGAGAGACCCUAUAAGUGCUUGGAUUGUGGGAAAAGUUACACACAGAAAUCACAUCUCACUAAACAUGGGAGAAUCCACACAGGAUCUAAACUUCUGUGAUACAUGGCCAGAAAGGGUUAAGAAACUUGCAGGCUAAUUGACCCAGAUUCAACCUUUAGACACAUGUUAGAAAUGUGUGUAAAUGCUAAUUAGCGCCAUUCCACAUUAGAUAAGCUAGAGCUUUGAAAUGUAAACUUUUAUGGUUAAAGAUCUGGAAGAAGCUAGUAAUUGUAAUAGUCUGUGGUUACUUACAUCUUGUUAGAGCUUAACAGUGUAACUAAAGGGUUCCUAAAGGGUUGUAUUCUGUUAAAUCUGAGAUGAAAAGGAAAUAUUAACAUAUAGAUAAAAUUUGAGUGUAAUAAUGUCAUUGUCUACAUGUCUCUGUAAAAUUUGUGGUAAACUGUUUAUUAACUGCUUUAUGGAUAUUUACCUUAUUUUAAUCUAUGUAAUUAAUUACCAGUGAUGUUUAGGAAAUAGAUUACUUGAACAGCCUAUUGUUCACCUGAUGAAGUGAUUCUGAAAUUUUGCAAUUCUAAUGCACCAUCUCUAAGUAAAACUGACCUACGGACUCUA